AAUAACAUCGAACGCUUAUCACUAUUAAUUUUUUUUUUAUCUUUUGCUGGAAAGGUGCACAAUCGCCUGAUAUAAAAUAGGUGUUUCGGCAAUUUCGAUAAUUGUGAUAAAGAUUGAACCAAGUAAGACAAAGUUAGGCAAAAAACAACAAUGCCAGUUCCGAUGCCGGAAUCCGAUUCGGAGGACGAGUUACCUCCGGCGUGGGAAGAAAGAGCAACAAACGAUGGAUUUGUGUACUACGUGAAUCAUCACAGUAAAACUACACAGUGGACUCAUCCCAGGACCGGUAAGAUGAAACGGGUGUCCGGUGAUUUGCCAAUUGGUUGGUCCCGCAAGGUGGAGGAAUCCACGGGGAAGAUCAUCUUUGUCGAGGAAGCAACGCAGCGGAAAUCUUACACUGACCCCCGACUGGCGUUCGCCGUCGAGGAAUCGGUUCAGGCUGGGGAACUGCGUCAACGUUUCGAUAGUGGGACGAAUGCAUUGCAAGUUCUCCAUGGUCGGGAUCUUAGCGGAAAAGUUGCAUUGAUAACGGGAGCCAACGUUGGGAUUGGUUUCGAAACGGCACGUUCCUUGGCACUUCAUGGAUGCGAGAUUAUUUUUGCAUGCCGGAAUGAAAAAACUGCCUUGGAAGCUAUUGAGAGAAUAAGCGCUGAAAAGGAGGUCGCUGGAAAAAGGUGUCGAUUUAUCAAGUUGGAUUUGGCGAGUUUGCGAUCCGUUAAAGAAUGUGCACAACAAGUCAAAGCACAUUACAAACAAUUGGAUUUAUUAAUUUUGAAUGCAGGGGUUUUUGCACUUCCUUACAGUAUAACGGAGGAUGGAUUUGAGACUACAUUCCAAGUUUGCCAUUUAGGCCAUUUCCAUCUGACUAAUUUACUGCUGGAUUUACUAAUUCACACAUCGAGAAUCGUAGUCGUGUCAUCCGAAUCGCACCGCUUCAGUAUGCUUUCGAAGGAUAUGACCGAAAGUGAUCUGUCACCACUUCCUAACAAGUACUGGAGCAUGGUGGCCUACAACAAUGCCAAGCUGUGUAACGUUUUGUUCGCUGCUGAGCUAACCAAGCGGCUUAAGUCCAAAGGGAUAUCGGUUUUCUCGCUUCAUCCGGGUAAUAUGGUAUCGUCGCAAUUGGCGCGAAACUGGUGGUUCUACAGGUUGCUGUUCACAAUUGUACGCCCUUUUACCAAAUCGCUACAGCAGGCUGCCAGUACCACAAUCUACUGUGCCACGGCACACGAGCUGAACGGACUUACCGGUCUUUAUUUCAACAAUUGCUACGUUUGUGACCCCAGUGGGUCAUCCAAGCUGGAGGAUAUGCAGCGAAACCUUUGGAACCUUAGCGAAAGAAUGAUCGAACAAGCAGCAAAAUGAAUGAGCACUAACUAUGUAUGUCAACUGCAUUUACAUUAAAUGAAUAACAAUUUAUUAUAAUAUAUU